AUGGACUUCAAACACAACGCCACCGUUCUUUUUCAGUCUCGCUCGUUUCUUAAUCUCCAUCUGAUUUCGUUCUUCCGCAAUCCAAACUUCAUCGUGACUCCACUCAAUCUCUUGCCUCACUUCCAUUCACCAGCUUCUUCGAUGAGUGUUUUAUGCCAUACAUAUACGCAAAAAGGACCUAAGAGAUUGAAGAAACUAGGGGAAGGUGUGAAAGGGGUGUAUAUCUCGAUAGACGUGGAUUGUCUUGAUCCUGCAUUUGCUCCGGGAGUGUCUCAUAUUGAACCGGGAGGUCUUUCUUUCCGCGAUGUUCUUAACAUCCUACACAAUCUUCAAGGUGAUGUUGUUGCUGGAGACGUCGUUGAACUCAACCCACAACGCGAUACUGUUGAUGGAAUGACUGCUAUGGUAGCUGCUAAGUUGGUCAGAGAAAUGGCUGCAAAGAUUGCAAAAUGA